AGAAACGCAUAUCCUAACACAGAUUCAAAUACGACGUGUUUGGGAUAAUUCGAUGCAUGUGGGCCGCAAGUGAGGCACACAUGAAUGAUACGAUUGUGUACGCAUUUGUGUCUAGAUUCCUCUGUCGAAAUCAUUUUCAUACUGAUCCUGUAGAGAAUGUGCAGCAGUGAGCCUUCUCCCUCUAACCCUAAUGGCCAAACGCUCCGACAAGCCUGUCAGUCUCUUGCUGCCUAAAACUCUGCCAAGAAAGCGCUGCUUUACGUUUGAUCCUAUGUGCCCAUAGAAUGCUAUAUUUGAAAUGAGAAAACCAUUACCAAUCAAAUUUAGUCGCUUUCUGGACUUUAAUAACUACUCUUGAUACAUAAUACAAUCGAAGUGUCAAGUUGGAAGAACCUUCUUUAUUUUCGUAAAGGGAAACAGGGGAUACACAUAAUUGGCACCGAACACUGCAAAGGAUAAGUAGUAGUAUGUAAUUACACUCGAGGUUGAGGUUUUUGCAACUGAUAUCUACAAUUGUCCACUUUAACUUUCGGUUUAAGUUAUUGAAGUGAUUUUGUGGUCAAAAAUGUUUGUAGGUAUAUAUGUAUAUAGCUUUAUGUUCAAUUGAUUGAUUGUGAAUGUGCAGCUAAUAGUAUAGGAGAAAUUCUGCUAGAAAAUGAGGAGGAGCGGCAGGUAUUGUUUGUACAAUACGUUGAGGGUAGUGAAUGUGGUUGUAAAUAUUUUUGGGAUGAUCAUCAUCAUAUACUCCCUUUGGCUUCUCAAGAAGUGGUUUGAUGGGGUUUCUGACCUUCCUUCUCCUUCUAAUCUUCCUAGACCUUGGUGUUGGGAUUGCUGUCUGCUUGAGCACUCUUUCAGGCCAUAUGGUUGCAAACUGUAUCAGCAAAUCUAUUCUUGGCGUAUAUAUUGUCUCCAUCUUCUCUCUUCUUGUAAUCCAAGCUGCGGUCGUUGUAGUGAUUUUAUUCAGGAUUGAUUGGGAUUCACAAAUUUUCAGGUACAUUGAUGAUGACCAUAAGGGAUUCAGGAGUUUCCUUCUUUUCCAUAUAGUCGUUUGUCGCUUGAUUGGGAUUGUAGUUUUAGUGGCUCAGAUCAAAAUUGUUGUUCUUGCUGCUAUUCUUUGGGCUGUAGGAGGAGAGCUUAUUCUUGACAGUAACAUUCCGGCUCCAAUCGAUAUCAAACAAUCGUUCUUGGCAGAUCAUAAUUCACCUGUAAUCGAUGCCCAACGAUGGCGGGAAGAGAUUUUGAAGCAUUACAUGGAUGGAAUUUUUACAAAAUCCUUCUGCCAACUUAGAAGAAAUCAAAGCUGACUCAAAAUUUUGUGCUGAAACUAACAGUAGAAACGGUUUUUAUUAUUUAUUUUUUGGGAGAUUGAGCCGAGUCAUAGAUUCAUUACUUCAGAGUAGGAAGGAGUUGAGGGAAAUGCAAUUGAUCAGUUGUAUUUGAGCCAAUCGGGCAUGGCAUAGAUGAAAGUGUGUCUCUGGAAUUCAAGGCCUUGUUUGGAUAAUGUAUUUGUGCGGGACCUUAACAGGGCAAGAGAAAAUGAUGCGGAACUCAAAGAUAAAUUUAGUCUCCGCACUUGCUUUUUUCUACAAA